AUGGCCAAAAAGCACUGCGGAGAAUGUAAACACGAGAUCAACGAUCUCGAACCAAUUUUCUGUGGCUUUUGCGAGACAUAUUUCCACAUUAGCCAAAACUGUUGUGGAAUAAAUACUCGCGGAUGGAUGGAAUGCCUUCUCCAGGGUAAACUUUUAUUCGUUUGUGCUGCGUGUAGAGCCAACUUGAACGGCCGAAGUGUUCGUAGCUAUAUAGAUGCCACUCUGCAUAGCCAUGAGAAACAGUUACCCGAUCUCGCCUGCCUACCGUCGCAAGUUCAGCAGCUAUCGGAUGUGGUUGCCGCAUUAAGCAAAAAAAUCGACGAUUUUUCUGCUAGACCGAAGCGAGUAUCGAAUACACCGUUAUCUUGUGACACUCCGAUCGAGCCUGCCAUCAGAGUAAAACGUCGUCGAGUGGAUCGUAUGCCAAAUAUUCGUGAAAAAGUGAACUGCGGCACAAAGCCUAUUGACCUCAGCGAUCUUUCUGUUCCUUCCAUUGCGCCUCCCGCGCGGCCCAAAAAGUUUUGGCUGUAUCUAUCUGGUUUAAACCCAUCGCUCACUGAUAGUGAUGUCCAAAAAAUUGUUUUGCGGUGUUUGAACAUCUCUGAUCCAGUUGAUGCUAUACGGCUUGUUCCUAAAGGCAAAGAUACAAGCAAUAUGACUUUCGUAUCAUUUAAAGUUGGUCUCGACCCGGAUACUAAAACUAUUGCUUUGGACCCAUCGACUUGGCCGACCGGCUUACUAUUCCGUGAAUUUAUCGACGUUCCAAAAAACCCCAGUCGCCAUACGUUGAAACCAGCAGCACCACGCAGAAUGAGCCUUUCGUCAGAUGCUUCCACCCCCCGCUAA